CAGCGAAGUGAUUAAUGACAUUAGAGUAACAAUACCUCUAUUGUUUUGAGUGAUUAAUGCAAUUUAUAUACGUCACGCACUUGUCAGAAUGCGGAAGCAGUUCGUUAAGCUUGGAAUUCUACUGAUUAGAUAAGUGGGAGACGAAUCAUUCAUAUGGCUGAGUAUAGAAAUUGCAGAGGCGCUCGUUGUAGGUCAUGGAACGACCCUGCCAUGUUCCUGAUGACAGUGGAGAUGCAGAACUGGAUCCGCGAAUACAGAUUGAACUGGAAAAGCUGAAUAAUGGAACUGAUGAAAUUAAUAAACUUGAAAUAGAAUUAGAUGAGGCCAACAACACAUUCAGAUUGCUACUCAAUGAUUCAACACGGCGCCUUAAACUCCUUUCCAAAAAUUUAGGCUCAUGCAUUGAGCGUGCUCGUCCAUACUAUGAAGCUCUUGAAAUUGCAAAGAAGGCACAACUGGAGUGUCAGAAAGCUGCUGUCCAGUUCCAAAGAGCUAAUGAAAUACACCAAGCUGCAAAAGAAACAGUGGCACUUGCCGAACAGAGGUUUCUGAGUAAACAGCAUGAAUGGCAGUUUGAUAAUGCUUGGCAAGAGAUGUUGAAUCAUGCAACUAUCAAGGUUAUGGAGGCAGAAACACAAAAAGCAGAGAGCGGCCGUGAACACCAGAGGAGGGCAGCACUCUUCAACGCAGCAGAACAGAAGGUCCAAGAACUAGAACAAAGGCUGAGAAGAAGCAUUACUCGUUCAAGGCCAUAUUUCGAAGAAAAAACUUUAUGCCAGGAGCAGUUGGCCACUCAAAAGUGUCGUGUGGAGAAUUUACAAAAAGCAGUGGCUGCAGCAAAGCAAUCUUAUGCAGACACAUUACGCAACUUGGAACGCAUCUCAGAGGAAAUCCACUGCAAGAGAGCAGGCACUGCGCUUGGCUUACGUGAACCUGGUGUCGGUGCUGAGUUAGUCCCAUUGCCAGGGUAUGAAGUAGAAUUGGACCGAUGCGACCGUCGUUCUGUCGGAAGUAUUUCUGCUGGGGAUGAUAGUGAGCCACUUGAUGAACAGGAAUAUGAGGAUUUGGAGAAACUGAAGCAGUGUGUGCAGGAGCUGCAAACUCGCCCUGUAGAAGGUGGAAACAACACAGAAGAAUUAACAUGGGAGGCUGAACUGAAAGAAUCUGUCCACAGGCUUCAUAGACUGUCUCUAGUUCAUAAAGAUGAUGUUGUCCAUGUAGCUAACAACACUGACAGCAUUCAGAAGGGGACAAAUGAUUCUUCUGUCACAGGAAAGACAUGUAUGUCAGCCAAGGGCACACCACAACAGAGUAGUAAUUCCUCACCAGCCAAGUGUGUAGAAAGUAGGAACUGCUCGAAAGAGCAGCAGAGCCCCACUCAUAAAAUGGACCGAAACUGUAGUAGGGAAGUUGAAGAUCUGGAGCUCUCUGUUCAUAAACUCAUGUGCAACAGUCCACUGACUGGGUCGCCACAUCAUAUAUCAUCUCCAUCAAAACAUCUGCAGAAAUACUGAUAAUAUGUACUAUGCGGAAUGACCGUUAUUGUUUUAUUGACAAGACUGACAAACAGUAUCUGCCUGCUGUGUGUCUUGAUGGCUGUUUACUUUUCAUAGAUGUCAUUAAGUUGUUGUGGUUGUUGUAGCUGUUGUUGUUAUUGUGGUUGAUGUUGCUUCAUUGUUUUCAUUCAUAGUUGCAUGAGGUACAUUAUCAGGAUCUCGCUGCUGUGAAUCAUAUUGAAACAGGAUGUCUGUUUCUCUCUGUAACGAUAUGAUAUUUUGUCUGCUGUCUUUGACAGCUUGAGUAUGUACCUGGAUGGUGUCCAUCAUGCAUCAUCUAAUAAUGCUGCGUAAGAUUAUGUACAAAUAAAUAUUUUAUUUAUUCAGAUUCUGCAAUAGUUUUAGCUUACAAUGCUGUAACAGACUGUUUUAAUUAUUAUAAUGUUUUUAUAAUUAUUGUCCAUUCACCUGAAGGUCACUAAAACUAUUCUUGUCUGUUUUUCUGUUCAGUAUAAAAAUUGUAACUUCGUACAAAACACACUGUGCUGGUUAAUAGGACCUUAAUGAAAGCCCUUUUUGCUAUAUGUGUUUAUUAUGCCAUCUUGUUUUACAUUUCAUUGCUGUAAUAGAGCACAGUUUGGAAUGAAAAAGUGUUGAUUUGAUUUCUUGUGUUGAGGGAUUGUGUGAUGUGUGGCAUUGUUUGUACAGCUUGUAAGCACUCUUAUUUCUUUAACAUGAACUGGGGGAAAUAGGACAUGGUGUAGAUGUACUUCACACUCAGUGUUCAUAAUCACUUUGAGUGGACAUAUACUGCAACGGGAUCAAUGACAUCAUUAUCACUCCUUUCUAGCUUCCCUCCAGCAUGUCAUUUUGAGCUACUAACUCCAUUGAGCACCACUGUUUUUUGUUGCACUUUUUCUGAGGUUGGAACAAAGGAUCAGUUUUUUUGUGCUAAUUGGUGGUCAUUCAGGUAGCUCUUCUUGUUGUCACUUACUCUGCAAACACUGUUUAGUAAUUUAAAAAACUCUUUUAAGACCACAGAAAAUAGCUCAGAUGAAUAGAAACAUCAUCUGUAACACACUUUUUAGUUCUGAAUUUUACACUCUAUUGUUGUUGCCUAUCCUUAUGUCCCCAUCUUUUUAAAUUAAAAUGUUUACAAAUAUCUCCCUCAGCUCCCAUAUUUAUCAUUGCUAUCAUCAGUCCCGGGUGUAUUUUUGUAUACUAAAUGGAUUUAACCACAUCCUUGGACAAUAUUUCAGGAACAUAUUUGGACUCAGAAUCUAUCACAAUUUCAAGUUUGAUUAGGAGAGACACGAGUAUUAAGGAAAUGUUUAAAUUUGUGUCAUAUACGUUUGUUCUGGACAUAAAUGCUUUGUGCAAGGUCCAGAUGGAUGAGACGUUCAUCAUAUGUGAUGCCUUCCAACAUAAGUGAUGCCUGUGUUGUUUCAUCUGGAAUCUAGUUUUCAGUUGGCACUUGUAUAAUUUUCUUUAAUUCAUGUAUUAAUAGUUCUGUAUAGUUCAGUGAAUUCUGUAACCUUCAGUUAUAAUGACUGUUAACUUUGUUAAUCUUCUUUACACCUGUGACACUCUUACUGAUUUCCAACUGCCUGUUAUAGGCCCAAACAUUUUUUAUAUUUAAAUUUGAAAUUCCUUCAUUCUUUAGUGCUUUAGAACAGGUUGUUAAUUGCGUUUUAUUCUUUUCUACAUUUACAUAAUUCUUGGAACGACAAACUGGAUUUUUGCUUAGUGAAUUGAAUUCUGUCUAAUUUCAUGUGUGGUUUCAUUCUACAUCAUACUAAUAGUCAUUUAAAUACAGAAAAUGUUCUAGGUAGUAUUGUUGCCUAUUGUACUACAACCAUUUACAUAAAAGGCCAAUUUUCUGUAAUGGAACCAUGUAACAUCACAAGAAAUCACCUCCUCUCUUUUUCUAUGUGCAGUAUGUACUUCAUUCGGCCAGUAAAUCUGUUGCCAUCAGUUUUGCAUCUGUUGGUAGAUAAUUAGAGUAUUAGUGUGUUUCUGGGCUCUUAGCCAAAAUUAAUGUAUGCUGUUAUAUUUUCAUAAAUGUGAAUAAUGCUUGUAAAUAUUAUAUAACUAGUAAGCCUCAGAACAAUAUAUAGUCUCUCUCACUUAUUGACCUGGAAAUGGGCCAUUAUUAAUACAGAGUGCGCACACACACACACACACACACACACACACACACACACACACACACAGAGAGAGAGAGAGAGAGAGAGAGAGAGAGAGAGUGUGCACGCAGUGCCAGUGUGAAAUAAAUUAUCCCACUCGAUUCUGUAAAGAUAAUUUUUAUGAGAGACUGAAACCAGCUAAAGUAAAUUCUUUAUUUGUUUGUUGUUUGAAAAAAUAAAAUAAAAAUCUGUUGUGAUGAGCCUAAGGAUAAAUUUAAGCAGCUCAUAAAGUAAGAAUUGGUGGACAAAACUCGUUCUAUAAUCAAAACUAUUUUUAUAAAUGUUGACCAAAUUUCAGUAUGUUAAUUGUAAAGCAUAUUACAGAAUAUGUAAUUGUAAAGGGCUGCUUGCUUGUGUGUGCAUGUAUAUAAUGGGGAAGUAUUUGGGAGGGGUUUGUUGCUGUGUGAUUUUUGAGAAAAUUGGCCAAUGUGCGUUAUUUCUUCCAAUUUAUGUAAGAUGAUGAAUCAUAUGUGAGCUUUGGAAAAACAGUCACAGUAACUGAUUUGUAACUGUUGACUUAAUAUUAUAGGUGAUUUGUCAAUCUUACUUUGUUGACUUGCUGGUAAGUGACACUGUUAUUCCAUUCUCAAAACACUGUGCAGCAACAUUUUUCAACUCCAGGUAGUGAAUUGUUAUUCCAUGUAGAUUUCCAGUAUCCAUACAACAAACACAUAAGAUGACACUUCUGUUGCUUGAUUAUAUUAGCAAAAAUAUUUGCACUUACCCUUUACUCCCAGACAUUUAUAAGUUGCACUUUCUGUGACAAUGGAAAGACAUUAUCCCAUUGGUAUCUUGUGUGCACUUAAUAAUACUCAUUUUUGUGAUCAUAUCCAGUGUUCUUUUACAUAAUUAUUGUUACACAAAAAAUAUGGAUGUCAUUGUUUUGAGUCAUGGUAGAAAACAUUAGUGCUCAUUGUUUACACUUCAUAAUAUCAAAAUCAAACAUUGUUAUUAGUGUAGUGCUCAUCAUUUGUGCCCAAUCAUACUGUCCACUUUAUUUCACGGGACUGCUGAAUUUUAACAAUAGUUUGUGUACGUUAGAUUCUGCAGCUUCUCUAAAAUUCAAGAAAGAAAUAUUUGUGUUCCACAGCAACUUCUGUGGUAUAAAAAGACAUCUUUCUGAAGGUCAUUUUAAGAACUUACUCAAAAAUUUCUGGAAGAAAGGAGUCAACAUGAUAAAACCUUUGAGUAAAAGUUACCCAAGAAUUGUUAGCAGUAGACCAAAAGCUUCAAAUGAAUAUCUUUGUGCCAUAUCUUACAGUAGCUUUUGUGAGUAUGAUAUUUGAAUCUUUACUGACUGAAAACUGUUUCUGUCACAACACACAAAGUCACAUAUUUUUUUAAUGACUCAUUUAAAUACAAGAUAAGUGUCAAUACAAAACAAUCAUUGAGUUUCUACUAACAAGAGAAACAGAGAAAUUCACACUAUGGAAGAAUAUGGGGAAUAAUUUUAUGUGACAAACAUAAAAUUGCAUGUCAGAAAAAAAGAGAGCAGAUGCCAGUUACUAUCUUAAAGUAAAAAGAUAACGGUGGUGUUGCAAGUAGCAUAAAGUUAUAAAAUACGGAGCUUAGAGAUAAAAUUUAAGACUGAAACCUGUUGAGAAGCUGUAGACCAGCAAAAUCAAUGGGAGGAGUAAUGGAGGCAACUCACCAUUUAGUUGAGAUGUCAGUUGGCACAUAAUCAAGACUGACAAUGUUACUAAGCUUUCAUGGUGUCUGUCGUAGGAACAAUGCUGACUGCCUAGCAAUGUUCUCUGUCUUGUGUGUGCACUUACUGACAGCUAUAUGGUAGACAGUUACGCUUACUCCUACCAUUGUUGAUAUUCCACCAAGGACUUUGUAUUACCGUAAGAAACAGAAAAAAUACACGUGAUUGGAAAGUAAUAUUUUGAAGUUUAUUGUUUGGAACUUUCUUCCUGUUGUUCCGCAAACAUAUCAAACUGUCUUUAAGAACUUGCAAUAGAAACCAGUAUUACUGUGAGGUACCUUCUUACAUGUAAAUAUUUCUAGUAAUUGUGUUUUUAUUUGAAACUAAACUAAACAAAGUAGAUGUACAAAAAUUUUGUACAAAAAUAUAGUAUGGAAAUGUGUUGUGGCAGUUUUAUAGUGUUAAUAGGUACAAAACUACUUACAGGUUGUAUGCUGUUCUUAUUUAAAUAGUACAACUGUAAAAACACUUCUGUUUUUAGUAUAGUUACAAUUCAGAAGCUUCUCUUAAUAAUUCAAUUACAAAAAUACUUUUCAUAUUGUGGAUCCCUGGUGGUAGAUUGAUGUGUUAGAAAAACUUAAAACAUUUUUAAUUAAAUUUAUCGUCUUUCAGGUAUACCUUUGACUCUGUUCAUUUGUGAUUCAAUAUAAUACCUGAUUAAAAAAUGUCCAAGCAAUUCUGCAUGUUGCUGUCGUCUAGUCUUGUACAAGUAAUGGGAGCAUGUUAUAUUAACAGGAUAUGCCUGGUGUUACCAAUUGGUGUACAUUAUAGUGAUCUGAAAUUUUAGCAGUUGUGCGGAAUGUCUCUGAUUGUGGGCUUUUCUAAGAGUCAUAAAUAAUGUGUACAAGUGACUUAUUUUGUGCUAGCAUUUCAGCAACAGACAGGUUUUGAUUUUUUUAAUCCCCCCCUCCCUCAUGUAGCUUUGCUGAAAUAUUGCUACCAAGAUACAGAUAUUGUCUGUGUGAUUAUCUAUUUUAAAUGGUUUACUGUUAUAUGAAGAAUAAGUGUGUACAUUUUUGCAGAGCAGCCCAUUCUGACUAGUUUGUGCAAAAGCAUUCACUUUAUGUACUAUUUGAACUGCCAAUUAACUUCCACAUUUCCAUACUUGUCUAAAUGUAAAUGAACUAGUUGCCUAUCAUUUGUAAGUAUGCAGAGUUUUCAGUUUAGUUGUUUAAUGUCUUUUUAACCAUUAUGUAAUUAAGGAAUGGUGCUUGCCAGAAUGGUGCUCAUAAAUACAGACUUUUAGAAACCAACUUUGAUCUUCUGUUCUAACUUUUUUGUACCAAAAUUGUAUUUGUUUCUUUUGUGACUUUUUUGUGUUUUAUGUACAGUAGUAUCCAGUUAUUGUGAAUCCUCACUGAAUAAAAUCUAUUUUAUUAAAGAUGUGACAA